AUGGAAAAUUUCCUCAGAUCAAAGGAAUAUUGGGAACUAAUCGAGUCUGGCUAUGUUGAGCCAGCAAGUGGAGUGGUACCGACAGAAGCACAACGAAAGAAGAACGAUGAGAUGAAGUUGAAGGAUCUCAAAAUAAAAAACUAUCCCUUUCAGGCGAUUGAUCGAACUGUGCUCAACACCAUCCUUAAGAAGGAUACUUCUAAAAAUAUAUGGGAUGCUAUGAAGAAAAAGUUUGAAGGAAAUGCAAGGGUCAAAAGAUCUUAUCUUCAAGCUCUCCGUAGAGAAUUUGAAACUCUUGAGAUGAGAUCUAGUGAAGAGUCAAAGGACAUCGAUGAUCUUUCUAUCGAUGAGUUACAAAGCUUAUUAAUAGUGCAUGAACAGAAGUUCCAAAGACAUAGUGGCGAAGAACAAGCCUUGAAAGUUACAUAUGAAGUAGGAAGAGGCCGUGGCCGAGUUGAAUGCCCUUGCAACAAUGAAGCUAAUUAUGCAAAAUUUGAUGAAGAAGCAGAAAUGCUUUUGAUGUCUUAUGUGGAUCUGUUUGAAGCUAAAAGACAAGAUGCAUGGUUCCUUGAUUCAGGAUGUUCUAAUCAUAUGUGCGGUGAUCGAACUAUGUUCAACGAACUUGAUGAAAAAUUUCGACAUUCUGUAAAAUUGGGAAACAACCCUAAGAUGGAUGUGAUGGGAAAAGGAAGUGUGAAAUUGCUUCUAAAUGGAAUGAAUCUUGUUGUUAGUGAAGUAUACUAUAUUCCAAAAUUGAAAAAUAAUUUCUUAAGUAUAGGACAGUUGCAAGAAAAGGAGUUGGCAAUUUUGAUAAAGGGAGGAAGUUGCAAGAUAUUUCAUCCAGAGAAGGGUUUGAUUAUUCAAACCAACAUGAGUGUCAAUAUAAUGUUUAUCUUGCUACCCCAAACUCAAUCCUCUUCACAAGCACAAUCUGAUCAGUGCUUUCACACUAAAGCUCAAGAAUUGUCGCAUCUCUGGCACUGA